AUGGGACUCUCGAAGCAGACCCGCAUUAUAACGCUGUUAGUCAUCGACACAGCUUUCUUCUUACUAGAAAUAAUUGCGGGGUACUCGGUACAUUCACUCGCACUGGUUGCUGACUCGUUUCACAUGCUUAACGAUGUCAUGAGCUUAGUAGUUGCAUUGUACGCCUUGCGUCUUGUUAAUAGUAGGACAUCUCCUAAGCGACUCAGUUAUGGUUAUAUACGCGCAGAAAUCUUGGGUGCGCUUAUAAACGGUGUCUUCCUGCUUGCUUUGUGUUUUACGAUUCUCAUUAGUGCAAUGGAGCGAUUUUUCGAGCCUCAAGAAAUAACUAAUCCGGAUAUGGUUCUUAUUGUUGGAAGUGCGGGACUAGCCUCGAACAUAAUUGGUUUACUGCUUUUCCACGAACACAACCAUUCACACGGCCAUUCGCAUGAUCAUGGACCAAAAAAAUCCACGGAUACAAAGCCAGCUUCUCCUCCUAUUGAUAUAUUCGUUCAUCCUGCUAGAUCACGUCAAUCUAUUGUCGAAGCAGCCCGUCCCGAUAGACGUCAAUCCAUUAUUGAAGGAAUGGCAGAUGCUGCCGCUUUAGUUGGUUCACCGGAUAGCUCUUCCUCCUCUUCCUCAGCUGCAGAAAACAAUGAUAUCACGGAAUUGGGAGCAGCAGAAAAUCGUAACGGUAAAAUGCAUGGGCAUAAGAGUUUGAAUAUGCAAGGCGUAUUCUUGCACGUUCUUGGUGAUUUCCUAGGAAAUAUUGGCGUAAUUGCAACGGCUCUAUUUAUUAAGUAUACGACUUAUUCUUGGAGAUUCUACAUGGAUCCAGCUAUAAGGCAAGUGGAACGCGAACUAUUUGGUUAUCACAAUCAUUAUAUUCUCUUCCGCAUUGCCAUUAGAAGUACAUGUCUAAUCUUACUGCAAAGUGUUCCAAAUGGUCUUCAAAUUGAAAACGUCCAUGACGAUAUUGCUUCUAUGAGUGAAGUCAUUUCAGUUCACGAACUUCAUAUAUGGCAGUUAUCUGAACAUAAAUUGGUUGCUUCUCUUCAUGUGCUGUUGAUGCCAGGAGCUGAUUACAUGUCGAUUGCAACAAGAAUACGUCAAACAAUGCAUACCUAUGGAAUACACUCGACCACCAUUCAACCCGAAUUUGUUAAAGUCAGUCCCGACGGAAAGAGUAUCUUCAUAAAGAGUUUAAAUACGGGAAACGAACAGCUGGUUGAUAACGAGGUUGAAACUCACGAGUCUGCGUGUUUGUUACUUUGCUCAGAAGAUGAGACAUGUGCAUCUAGCCUUUGCUGUCCGCCCCCAGACAAUCCGACUAAUCCAUAG